AAGGAACUGAACGGGGACACAGAGUUGGUGAAAGGCUACCGUGUUUCCCAUUGAGACCUUUGCUCAGUAAUGGUAGGUUUGGAGCACAGAAGUGCCAUCAUUAAGAAGUUUGGAUUUUAUACAGCACCUGAUGGUGAAACGAUCUCAAAGUGGCGAUGCGCCUCCUUCAUUCAGGUCAAGAGAGGAGAGUUGAUCCAGACGGGACCAGUCAGUGCGAGUUGAGAGUGGGCUUGACAAAGCAGUCAGGGGAGACGUAACUAUCUCACAGACAUCAGAGGCGUGGAUGUUUCCCAAUUCUGUUAGAUAUAAAUGACUGCUAUCGGUCUGCCUGUGAUAAUGUGAUUUACAAGAGCCUGGGCUCCAUCACUGGCGAUCCCUGCCCAACAGGGAGGGGGCCAGCAAGAAGCGGUGAUUCUCCCGAUGGUAACUCGCUGUUGGAUGGGACAGAGGAGCUCCGCACAGCCCCGGCAAGAUUUGGUCAUUUCACGCUGAAGAAGAACAUUUAAAUCUUGAGGACUUGAUAAUGCGUACUGUUCCAGCAUUGGAGAGAAUAGAGGGAGACAGAAGCUCUUAUAAAACGGGAUUCUUUCUACUUGUAUUCGGAGUUUCCUUUCUAUCCGCUGGAGUUAUUAUUGCUACCUUUGGGUUCCAGUCAUGUGAUCGUAAUGGUGGCAGCUGCAAUGUUAUUCUAAAGGCAACCGGACCAAGUUUGUGUGGCAUUGCAUUGGUAUUCUUACUGCUUUCGAGAUCCAAGUCUCUGGUGAAUUUGAGGCAGCUGGCCCACUCAGCAGAUCAAAGGUGCUUUCUUUCAUGCAGUGAGCAGGACACUUUUGCCCGUUUCCUUAUCUUUGGCAUCCUGUUUUGUUUUAGUGGAGUGCUGUUAACUAUGAUCGGAGUUUGGGCAAUCACCUGCCCUGGCACCAAAGAAGGUGAAGGAUUCAAUUUAACGAGUAAAACUAAUGGAAAUGAGAAAUGUAAACUACUCUUCUUGCAAAUUAUGGGCCCAGUGGUAACAUUUAUUGGUAUUUGCUUCUUGCUAAUUGCCCAUGUCAGAAAGAAGGUAACAUUAAAUCCAGAGGAGGAAUGCCCAUCCAGAAGUAAUCAACAACCACAUAGGUCAGGACCAUGCCAAAUUGCAAUAGACAAUUCUGUGUUGGUCCUUCCACCACCACCACCUUAUUUCCCUGAACCACCACCAAUUGUAAAUGAUUACAAUGGAAUCUGUCAGCCUGUUCCCAGUGACAGUCCUCCCUCUUAUUACAGUGUCAUCUACUGCAGGACCCAGGCAGAUGAGAGCUCUAAUUCCAACGUGAUGGAUGUUAGAUUGAUUCUUACGAGGUUUCCAGCACAUUGGCUGAUAUAUCUCAUAUCUGCUGCUUUCGAUCAAAGUUAUCAACAAUGGAUUAAGAAACCAAGACUUCAGAUGAACAACCAACUAUUUCACCCAACAGUCUUUUAGAUAAAUACAUUCCAUUUUUGUUUUCUUUUGUUUGGUACUUCUUGUAAAAUUAUAUGUGGCUGUUCUUAGCACGUUAAUGACCAAAGAAAGGCUAUUUUACUCACCAAAGGGAUGCUAGGGAGUGAGGAGUGUUCGACAAAUAAGUCACCCACUUUGCUUCUACUUUCCCGAUUCUCUUUUAACGAUGUCUUUCUCAAGAAGAUGUGACUUUUCUUCUAUAAAAUUCAAAGCUAACUUAGCUUCAGUAAUUGUUUGUGACAGUAUAAAAUCCACAUUUUAAUUACUCUGCCAUUAAGUUUCUUUAAUUAUCUUGCUAAUUGUCUUGUGUUUGUAUUACCAUCUCACUGACCAAUUGAAACAAUUGAUACUAUUUACCCCACCAUAACUUACCAUAAUCAUGGAAGACAUCAGUCAAGCCAUUCCAUUAACUACUCAAAACUCGUAAAAACCCUACACUGUCAAGAUUCAUCUGCAUAGCUGAAAAAUUAAAGGACAUGAGGAACAAGCAGUAAAGUGAGAUUAGACAAGGUGGAUAAUAAAGAGAAAUUUCUUGUGGUGUUUUGUGGCUGAUAUAAUUUUUUCAGCAUUAUAAAUUUCUACACUCCUAAUCUCUGUGCUGCCCUUCACAACAUCAUGCAAAAGCACACUGUUAGUUUUCACAUGUAUGCUAAUGACAUCCAGCUUUACCUCACUAGCAUCUCUCAGCUCCUCCACAGUGACUAAAUUACUAGACUGCUUGCCUAACACGUAUUACUAGAUUAGCAGAGAUUUCCCCCAAAUAAAUGUUGGCAAGCCUGAAGCUGUUGUUUUUGGUUCCUGCUCCAAACUCACUGGUUACUGAUUUCAUUCCUGUCCAUGGCAACAAUCUGAGAACAAACCAGAUUACCCACAAUUUUAGCUCACCUUUGACUUCAUAUUCACACCAUCAUUAAGAUGGUCUAUUUCUAUCUCUUAAUUUUGCUUCAAUUUGCCCCAGCCUCAGCUCAUCUACUGAAAUCCUCAUUCAUGCCUUGGUUAUCUUUAGACUUGAUUAAUCAGUGCACUCCUAGUUGAUCUCCAAUAUUCUGCCCACUGUAAACUAGAGAUCACACAAAUGCCUGCUGCCUGUGUCUUAAUUUGUUUUAAAUCCCCUAACCCUACCAUGUCCUCUGAAAAGGCUUAGUAACUGACAGGAAGCAAUGUUAACAAUGAGCCAUUUCUGAUGUCAUAAUCAGAACUGUGCACCGCUUCUUUCUAUCUGUUAACUUUUUCCCACGUGAUUAUAAUUAAAUGUUUAGGUGUCAGUGAUGUGCAUGCAGAACACAUUCAAUUUAGCAACUGGGGAAGGUUUUCAUUGGUGAACUGGCAACACUGUAAUGAGAGGCAGCCUGGAGGGUCUAUGGCCAAACAAGGAAGCUGUGCAUCUCAGCCACAACUUACCCAGGCAACUUAAUUGCGCUUAACUGAAGACUUCAGAAUGCAAAGGUGGCAAGGAGCUUUUUUCAAUAUUAGAAUUCACUUAUAAAUAUUUCACUUUAGUUUCAUUUUCUUCAUAUGUUCAUCAUCAUUAUUUGUUUGGAUUGGUCUAGAGAGCUACGUGUCUCAUAGUUGGCAUACAUUGAUGGUUGCAAGGGAGAUUAGGGAUACUUCCUUUAUUGUGGAAUAAAUGACGAUGUGUUCUUAAGUUCACUGAUUAUUGAAUGUUCAUAUGAGUGUCCAGUAUGAUGCUUACCACAUUACAGAACAGCUAACCUUGGAAUCUCAGCUGCCUUCCUCUGCAUUGAAAAGGACAAUCUCAGAGAUUCUAAGUGGGAGUGAUUGAAAUGCUCCUGGUGAACCUAAACCACUGUGCCAGCCAACACCAGGAGAGUGGCACAGGUUUGGACAGUACUGAUAUUGCCCUUUAGGUGCCAUGCUUUCUUGCAGAGACUGACUGCCCACGACCCUUCCUCCGUACCACGCCCAGGAUGUCAGGCCCUUCCCACUUCACUCUUCCAUGCUUCCCUCUGAACUCCCUUCUGUUCUCCCAUAGAUCUUUCCUCUAAUUUGCCAUGUCACUGAGCCCACUCUAGUUUACGCCUUAUCACUGACUCAGCCUUGUUGCAGGCCUUAAUGUAAGAGUCCAUUCUCCUGCUUCCCCCUCUUGAAGUGUAGAUGUAAACAAGGAAAAACAUUGAUCUUACACUCACUGUAUAAAGCUGAUGGAUGCAUGCCACCUUUAAAUGAUUGUGAACUGGAUACUACUGACUUUAUCUUGAUGGCCAGAUCUUAUUGAAAACUAUUUAAUGAAGCUAAGUAUUCAUGGUAAAGUUGUCUUACAAGUAUGAACUUGCUCCUGGAUAUUGCUCAACCUGCUGCUGACUUUAUCACUGCUUCUCUACCAAUCACGUGGGAAUCAACAUUUCUCAACGUUCAUGUUUCCUGCUCUUGAUGGCUCCAUGAACACCUCCACUAGAGAGCUGGGACAAAUAUGUCACUUUCAGGAUGGCAUAGUCUAAUUUGUGCAGUAUCACAGGGGUCAACUAUGUACAAUCUAUAAUGACUUGGAGGAAGGGACUGAUCGUAUUGUGCACAAAUGCAAAGAAAAGUACAAAAAUAAGCUAUGAGGAGAACAGAGAUAUUGGAAAAGAAUAUGGGCACGUUAAAUGCCUGGGCAACAGUUUGGCAUAUGGAAGUAUAGUGUGGAAGAACUGUGCAGUUGUCCACUUUGGUAGGAAGAAGAAAAAAGCAGAAUAUUUGUACAAGAGAUAUUAAGGAAUGCUGCCAUACAGAGGGAUCUGGAUGUCCACAAGCAUGAAUCACAAAAAUGUUAGAUGCAAGUACAACAGGUUAUUAGGAAGACAUACAGAAAGUCAGCCUUAAUUUCAAAGAGGGAUGAAAUAUAAAAAUAGAGAUAUCUUACUGCUAUUAUAUUAUUGCUGAGACCAGAUGUGGAGUAUGGAGCACAGCUUUGAUCAGUUUUAAUCAGAGACAAGCUUGCACUGGAAGCAGUUUAAAGAAGAUUCUCUAGGCUGAUUCAUGAGAUGAGUCUUACAGGAAAGGUUAAGGAGGCAUGACCAUUCUCAGAUAAUAAAGUGUGGAGCUGGAUGAA